AUGGCUUGCGCGACCGAGAUCCCCAGACGUGCUGUAACGGGUCUCUCCUCCCCAGAUGACGCCAUGACUAUCGAGUUAUGCAAGGCCUUCUGCAUCAAGAACAAGUACUCCCUCGCAGGCAUCGACUACGACCGCGAGGCCAGUGGCUAUAUGUGUCUGCCCCUUUGUACCGGGUCCGAGUACAGCCGUGAGCGCUGUGACAACAACCACAUCUGUGGCGGACGCGGUGCUAUGAACAUGGACAAGAACGGCGCUAAGAAACGUGGUGUGGACAAUGAUAACUACUACGUCGGCCCUAUCGAUACUACCGUCGGUGCUCGCACGGAUUGCUUCAUUAGGGUAUGGAGACCGGCAGCUAAGAAGUAG